UGGGUGGGGGCCGAGUUUCAUUUUUUAAACCUGUAAAAACCCUCUAUUUCCGCCUCCUCUUGCGGUCCUUUUCCUGCCCGGUUUAAAAAAGCACUAAAAACCUCAAUCCGACCGUUGCUGCUGCCGCAGAGGAGGCGAGGCCUGGUAUUGGGCUACCUUUGGGCUCGUGUUUGGGGGCCUUUGGGCUCGUGUUUGGGGGCCUUUGGGCUACAAGCGUGGUUCACAGCGGGAGCCAGUGCGCCUGCGCUCAGCGGGGCUUCCUGUCAGAGCCAAGAUGGCGGCGAGUGAGGGAGGUCGGCGGUGGCGGCGGCUGCUGCUGUUUGCCGUGAUGGUUUUCCGGGCCGAGGUUGUGCUUUCCUUCGCUGUGCCCUUGGAUGAUUCAUUUAAAGAAAAUAGAGAAGAUCAAAUAUGGUUAGUUGACUUCUAUGCACCUUGGUGUGGUCACUGCAAGAAACUAGAACCAAUAUGGGAUAAUGUAGCUGCUGAAUUGCAAUCUUCAGGCUCGCCAGUAAAAGUGGGGAAGAUGGACGCAACACUUUAUUCAGGAGUUGCUUCGGAAUUUGGAGUCAGAGGUUAUCCAACUAUCAAAUUGUUGAAAGGGGACCUAGCUUACAAUUACAAAGGACCUCGGACUAAAGAUGACAUCAUUGAAUUUGCUAACAGAGUGUCCGGGCCUCUGGUUCGGACACUCUCCACCCAGCAGCUGUUUGAUCAUUGGCACAAAAGGUACCCAGUGUUCUUUGUGUACGUUGGCGGAGAAUCUCCAUUGAAGGAGAAGUUCUUUGAGGUGGCUGCAGAACUUAUUGUCUAUACAUACUUCUUUUCUGCUUCAGAGGAUGCUUUACCACAGAGUGUCUCCCUGCAGGAGCUGCCUUCUAUCCUGGUGUUCAAAGACGGAGUCUACUAUGUAUAUGAUGAGUAUGAAGAUGGUGAUCUGUCCUCAUGGGUGAACAAAGAAAAAUUCCAAGGAUAUGUUUAUAUUGAUGGUUUCACUUUGUAUGAACUUUCAGAGACUGGAAAAUUGGUGGUGGUUGCUGUUAUCGAUGGCAAGAACUCAUCUGAGGAACAUACUAGCUUGAAGUCCAUCACUCAGGAAGUUGCUUUUGGCUACAGGAAUCAGUUUCACAGGGAUUUCCAGUUUGGGCACAUAGAUGGAGCUGACUACAUCAACAGUGUCAUAAUGGAUGAAGUCAAGGUUCCUUCCAUUGUUGUGCUGAAUACUUCAAACCAACAGUAUUUUGUACCAGAAAAGACAAUCGGAAGCAUUCAGGACUUGGUUCAAUUUAUUAAUGACAUCUUGGAAGGCUCAGCAGAGGCACAAGGCGGAGAUAGUUUUUUUCAUCGAGUUAAACGAAUGUUAUACGAUGGAAAAUCAACUAUAUUGUCUGUUUUUAAGACCUCUCCACUCCUGGGCUGUUUUCUCUUUGGCCUGCCACUGGGUGUUAUCAGCAUCAUGUGUUAUGGAAUAUGGACAGCAGAUGGGGAAUAUGAACCAGAAGAAGGCGAGCUACCUGAACCAAAUGCCAUUACUCAGGGAGAUACUGAAGCCAGUGAUGAGGAGAAGGAAGAUGGCAACUACGAAUAUCACAAAAAUGAUGAUAAGAUUAGAGAAAAUUCAGACCAUACAGAUGAGGAACUUGAAGAAAAGAGCAUGGUGGAAAAGAAAACUGAUUAACUAGAGUUUAAAUGCUGAGUUCUUUUUAGUGUUUGUUUUUGGAUGAUUAUGACCAUUGUUGCAUUUUAACAUGAGCAAGACCUUUAGAAAAAUAACAGAAAUGGAUACUUGACUUAACCAGGUGACAUGCACUCUUUAUAGAAGCUGUCUGGAUUGGAGAUGUUUUGAAUGAUUAUGUAAAUUUACAUUUUGUUCUUUAGGUGCACAUAAUUUUUUAAAACAAUGAUAUAGACUAUGUUAUACAAGUAUACAAUGAGCAUUACAACCAUUUUCUUCCAUACUCUGCAACAUGCAUCUAUAUACAGUGCAGCUCCAUGAAUAACACUUAUUACAGUGUGAAUAUCAUUAUCAUGCUGGCUCUACUGUGGACCCUAUUCACUAUGCAUAUACCCAGCCAGCCCACAUAUGUCCUGUGGAUCAGCUGGCGUGCAGUUAGAGUUGUUAUGGAUCCCAAACACUGAGACCCACUUUACACUCACGAUUCAAUAUUGAGAUCAGCAGAAAGAGUAUUGCAUUGAACACAUAGCCCACUGUAGGGCAUUUGAGAGUUUCAUAAAGUGAAGCUAAUGAGUAAGAUGGAGUAGAAAGUGAUCACUCAACAUAAUCUGUAGGUCAUUGUUAAUGAGAAUGUUUUAUCAUUGCUGUUUGUUUACAGUUGUAAACAUCAGAAAUGAGUAUUAGCCACUUCUAUUACUUGACAGACUAUAUGAAAGCUGUGAAAACAAAAUCUUUAUAAGAGAUUGCAUUUUACUAACAAAACUAUUCCAAUAUCUCAGUGGUACUUACACUGGGAACAAAGACAAAUGAUUAUUUUGGAGUUCUUGUACUUUUUAUGUUGGUUCAUUUUACACCUAAAAUUGACCUUUUUUUGUCAAAAACCUGAAAUAAGCCAUACACGCCUUGAAGUGGAAUACGACUUGAUGUGAACACAAAUUAUUGUUAUUUAUGUAGGUUACACAUUUUCUACAAAUCAUAAGCAACUGCUUUGAUAAUAUAAUAUAUAGUAAAUGAAAUAUUAAAUCAAAGUGCUUUCUACAGGUUAUAAAAAACGAUAAAUGCUAGUUUAAAACAUCCCUUUUAUUUAGGAAAUGACUGAAAUACACAGUACAUGUUGUCCAAUAUUUAUUUUCACUAGUUAAAGCGCCUUGGGACGUCCUCCCGACGUGAAAGGCGCUAUACAAAUAUAAUUUUUUUGUUAAGGCCUUUCCAUGUAUACUGUUGGCAAUUCAACAUCAUCCCUAUAUAAAUACUUGUAUAAACAUGAAUGUAGCUGAGUAAAUCAACAAUAGUCUUUCAAUAGUUAAUACAGGGUUGCAAAUACAGUGCAGCCUUUCAUGUAGUGUAAAAUGAACCCCUUACAACUAAUUGCCGGAGUAGCUGUUUUAAAGAUAUUUUUCAAUGGAAAUAACUGCACUGUGGGGCCUGGGAUAAUUUUUUCCAUCUAUUUCUACAAUGUUACCCCACUGAGCCAAUGUUCUCAACUGCUCCAAAAAUAAAUCAGAUAUAAAACUCAUAUUUCAAAAGACCAAAUGCUAGAAAUGUGAAACUGUUUAUAAUUUUAGUAUCAUUGCUUGGUUUCUUCCUCCUCUCUUAGCACUUCCUCUUUUAAUUUCCAUUGGAACUAUUUGUUUAUGUAGUAGUUUUUUUUAUUUUGACCCUAUGUUUUGAAACCCUUUAUAAUUCCAGGUUUAAUGCGCCUGUCACUAAUUUUGCUUCACUUAAAAAUAAAUCUGCGUUUCUUAUUUUGGAGAUCUCUUUAUGCAGCUAAAAAGCACAUCUGGAUCCAAGUUUUCCAAGCCCUUCAUAAUCUUAUAUGGUUGCCUUGAAACUUCAGCUACCUGCAUCAACACAUUUCUCAGUCAUUACCCCAGCAAAACUUCUCCAGUAUAUCCAGCCUCUAAUAUAUUGCUUGAAAUGUCUCAAAUAGUAGGUGAGAAUAGUGAAGUAUUUGUAGGCAAACAAACCACAAAUCAUAUGAAUCAUAUGAAAUAACUGAUGAAUUUAGCUGCAGGAUUGGAAGAAUAGUGAGCUUACCUGCGAUGGGGCCUUCCUUUCCCACACCCAGCUAAUAGUCUGGAAUCAUUCAUGAAGCAUAGCAAUGCGUGAGCGGGUCUGCUGGUGACACUUGUACGAACUCCCAGCAGGAGUCGCCAAUCUCAGAAAAUAAACUUGGAAGGGAAAAGGUAGCAAUGUGCUUUUCCAAUGUUACAAAGAAUCACAUGCAGUGUUUCUGCAAUACUUGCUUUAAUUUCCUAAUUAGUUUUACCCACAACUGCUUAGAGACGUCUUGGAAGACGUCAUAAGGCGCUACAUCGAAUGCAAGGAUUAUUAUAAUAUAGAUGCUUAAGUGUUAAAAUAGUAAUUUGUGUUUCUAACUGCCAGAAAAUGUAUCAUGCUGGAGCUAGGAAAGGUAUAGAAAUUUUCAUGAAUAAAUUAUUUGGAAGGUUGUACAAUUCCUAAGAAUUGAUGACUCCAGGUACAUCAUACGGAAAUGUAAGGAAUCCCAUCAGUGUCACACAAUAGACCACAAUAUAUUUAAAUCUUUGUUGAUCAUAACGGCGAAUGGAUUUGGCACUUUUUUAUGGUGAGCCAGUUAGCUGAUACGUCAUCAUGCUUGUUUGACAAUUCUACUUCUGUAUGCUGUUUGAUAUGGAGUGCACUAUCAAGGCAGCCACAUACUUUUGCCUAAUCAGUGUUGAAUAUGUAGGAUUUUUGAUGUAGCUCAACAGGGCAAUAAGGUUGUUCAAAAUUGAUUCAUAGCUGAACAAGAAUAACCAGUUAUUGUCUACUCUUUGUUUCUAGUUUUUGACUUGGAUGCUUUUAACUUUUAUUUCUGAAAUGACAAAUGCCUGUGCUCCAUCAUUGUUCCAAUUUAACAAAUUUAUUACUUUCAAUACAUUUUUUUUUGUCAA